AUGUUGCAAUGGUCUAAACAAGCACCCAGACUUUUCAAAUCGAGGAUAUUCUCCGCAAGAAAUUAUACACAAGCAUUUAGCUACCGCCCGAUGGAGGUAUUGGAACAAGCUCGAAAAGAUGGAGAUGGUCGGGCGCAAGAAGUGAGGAAGAGACCAGCUCAAGGCGGAAGAGGAGCGAAAAGGCAGAGAACUAGGAAGGAAAAGCCUGCGAAGGAAGGCGAUGAAGUCUUGCUUGCAGAUGUUCGGGCUCUUUUCGCAAAGCAGAAGCUCACAGAAACCACCUCGCACGAGUCCUCCGACAUAGAGACACCAAUUACAACGAAGGAAGAGCCGCAUCCGCAUGGUGAAGAGAAAGCGAAAGAAAGCACUUCAAAUGUUCAAUAUGAUCUGCCAGAACCAUUCACGGAGACAGAGGUUGAAGUGCUGGAAAUAUCCUCUACAGGUGACGGCCUGGCAAAACACCCCUCCUCGAAUCAGAUAUACGUGGUGCCAUUCGGCACACCUAGCGACAUACUCAAGGUGAAGGUUAUCAGGCAUUUUGAAGAUCAACAUUAUUCCACGGCAGAUUUCAUCUCGGUAGUCAAGCCUGGGCCACUUCGAGACGACAGUCGAGUCAAUUGCCAGUACUUCAGCAAGUGUUCUGGAUGCCAAUUCCAAAUGCUCGAUUAUUCUGAACAGUUGAAACAUAAGAAGACAAUUGUCGAGAAGGCUUUCAAGAAUUUCUCCGACUUACCUCCAGAAUUGAUCCCUGUGAUCGGAGACACUAUUGGCAGCCCUCUCCAGUAUGGGUAUAGAACGAAACUCACACCUCAUUUUGACGGACCUCCAGGAUAUAUCAGCAAGCAGGACAAGAUGAGAGGCCAGCGAAACUACUUUGAGAAAGUUCCAGACAUUGGAUUCAUGCAGAAAGGACUGAAAAAGACCUUGGAUAUUGAGGAUUGCCCGAUCGGAACAGACGCAGUGAGGAUGGGAAUGAAAAAAGAAAGAGUACGGGUGGCAAAUGAAUUAGAGAAAUACAGGAGAGGAGCCACAAUUCUGCUGCGCGAGAGUACUGAAAGAGUACAAAAUGACGAAGAGGCAGCUUCUAAAACAUUACCCGACACCAUCAAAACAACAACUGCGACACAUACUGACUUCAAGUCUUGUGUUACAGACAAUAAUGCCAAUUCAACUGAGUAUAUUGACGAUUUCGUCUUCACCAGCAUAGCUGGAUCCUUCUUCCAGAACAACAACUCUAUCCUCCCACCUUUCACGCAAUAUAUCAGAGAUCACAUCAUGCCGCCAUCUUCCUCAACCGGACCUCCUAUUAAAUAUCUCAUCGAUGCGUAUUCCGGAUCUGGUUUAUUUACAAUCACACUCUCUUCUCUCUUUACCUUUUCCGUUGGCAUUGACAUCUCAGCUGCAUCUAUCACAUCGGCACGAGAAAAUGCCAGACUCAACAAUCUCCCGCCAUCUCAAUGUACAUUCAUCGCUGCAGAUGCUCCGGAGCUAUUCAAAUCAGUCACAUACCCCAAAGACGAGACAGUUAUCGUGAUAGAUCCUCCAAGAAAAGGUUGUGACGAGAGCUUCUUAUCGCAGUUGCUGAGUUUCGGUCCCAGGAGAGUGGUUUAUGUGAGUUGCAAUGUGCAUACACAAGCUCGAGAUGUGGGUGUGUUGGUCAGGGGGCUGGAAAGCAAGGGGACUAGACUGAGCGUUUUCCCACCGUUCUGCCAACCGUAUAUGACUAUAGCAAGGUUCAUGCAAAGAAUAAUGGUACCAUGA